GUAGUAACAUUCAAAGGAACAUCAAGAAUAUCAUGAGUAAUUCAGAAAUAUGGCACAGAACCCCCGAUUACAUGCUGCUCUCCAAAUUGCGGUUCAAGCUAACCCUACCGGAACUACGAAGCGACGAAAAUUUAAGAAACGAAUUCCUCGACGUAGUAACGAGCAAAAACAUGUCCAAAUAUUACGAAGACGCGUGUAAAACGUUCGACUGGAACAUGGACGAAAAUCUGCUCGAGACAAUGAUGCACGCGAACGAGGUUAAGUUGCAAGAAUUAGAGUCUUCCGACAAUACGACUCUCGAGGAUGUUGCAAAUGCAAAAUGGCGGGAAAAGGUAGAAUUGUUUUGCGAGAUCGGUGACCUCGAUCGUGCCACAGAUGUCGCGAGCAUGAUCUUCGAAGACGAGAGCAACUCGUCGAGCGUUAGGGUCGAGGCUGCUUUCGGUUUAUUUAGAAUAGCGUAUCUCGGAUACAAUUUUCGCUCGAUGGGAAAAAUAAUCGGCGACAUAACGAACCUGAUGGAAGUAACGUGCGUAUCGAGCAGUGAUUGGUGUUGCCGGAAUAAAUUAAAAGUAUACGAAACCGUCUACUGUCUCGCAACACGAAACUUCGCACGCGCCACGUUGCUUUUAUUAGAUUGUAUACCCACCUUCGAGUCUUACGAAUUGCUAACCUUCAAAGAAGUCGUCGAAUACACUAUAUUAUCCGGAAUGAUCUCUUCAUCUCGAUCGGAUCUCGAUCGUCGAUUCAACAAUAACGGUCUCCUGCAACAGGCUCUCAUCAUGGAGUCCCCCAAAUACAAAGAAUAUUUUUAUUCCCUUUACGAUUGCCGUUACAAAGAGUUCUUUAAGAAUCUUGCAUGGGUCGAGUCGGAGCUCAAGAUCAAUCCUUUGCUGCAUUGUCAUUAUCGUUAUUAUGUAAGGGAGAUGCGAUUAAGAGCGUACUCGCAGCUAUUGCAAGCGUAUAGGACCAUUAACUUUAGCAGAAUGGCGACAGAAUUCGGUGUUACAGAGGAAUACAUAGAACAGGAGGUGGCACGGUUUAUUGCGAACGGCAGAUUGCAUUGCAAAAUCGAUAAAGUGGCUGGAACGAUCAUUACCGUCAGUGCUGUAGGAUGCGACAGGAGCCAAGCACCCGAUGCUACUUGCGGUCGCGGAAUGAUUUAUCAAAAUACAAUUAAAAAAGACGUCCUUCAAUGAACUAUGGCUCAUCGAAUUUUUAGAAAAUAUCCUAGGUCUAUUUAUAAGGGAUCUAAAGAAGUCAAGCGAAAUUUCGAUUACUUGCUUGUACUUGAUUUUGAAGCUACAUGUAAACAGUUUGAGAAAUUGAUACCCCAGGAAAUCAUCGAAUUUCCUUGUGCGGCCGUGUCUACGAAAAGCUGGCAAAUAGAGAACAUGUUCCACGAAUAUAUCAAACCAAAAGUUCAUCCAGUACUAACACCAUUUUGCACAGAACUCACAGGAAUCAUACAAGACAUGGUGGAUGAUCAGCCUCAUUUUCCAGAAGUGUUUGACAAAUUUUGCAGUUGGUUGGAUGAAAAUAAUUUUUUCAAGGAUAACGAGUGCGCUUUCGUUACAUGCGGUGAUUGGGACUUAAGAGUGAUGCUUCCACAGGAGUGUAAAUUGUCGAACAUAACGCUACCGGUAUAUUUUAAAAAGUGGAUAAACUUGAAAGACAGUUUUUGCGACGCAACGCAAUAUUACCCCCGAAGUAUGACUGAUAUGUUGACCCAUCUCAAACUUUGUCACGAAGGGAAAUUACAUUCUGGUUUGGACGAUGUAAAAAAUAUGGUCAGAAUAAUACAAAUUCUUAGUAAAGAUCACGAUGCACAGUUCAAAAUAAAUUCUGCCCCCGAAGUGUUGAAACAAUAUUUAAAUAAUACAUUUGGAGUGUAAUUAAUUAAAUUGAUUUAUUAAUAAUAAAAAAUUGCUCGUAUAAAAAU